UGGGUAAGUCUAGCCAAUAGGGACGCUACUAGCAGGAGCGCGUAACUUGAUUCAGGAAGUAAUGCGGGUUUUUACUUUUUCGUUGCAUAUUAUUCGCUUCGUGUUCGCAAAGUCUUCAGAAAUCCCCAAACCAACAAUUCGUUGGGUUACUAAGGAACAAAGCUGAACAUGUCGGGUAUUCCCGAGGCUACACAGGCAUCGACGCUCGGGAAGGGCGACAAUCUGCAUCAACAGAUUCUGGCCUCGUUCCCCCUGUGUGACAUGACUGAGGAGGAUCUGACACAGAACCCUCAGUUCUGUAAUCUCCUGGCCACCCUGACCCAACACGUGGACCAAACUGGACUCACUGUACCACUAAAAACAGAACUGGAAAAGGCUGAGCAGAAGCUGCAGAGCCAGAGACGUCAAUGGCUUCACUCUGAGAGCCUCUACAGAGGGCUACAGGAGAUGAUCCAGGACCACUGUGUCAGGAAGCACCAUAGCACUGUCCCCCCUGACCAGAACAUGUUCUUUGAGACAAUGGAGAAGUGUCUGUUGGUGGCUCAGUGUGUCAGGCAGCUGGAUCCCAGUAACACUACCAACCAAGACCAGCCCUCCAUUCUUGGCUUGAACUCCCAGCAGGUGAUGGAGCUCAUGCCUCUAGAGAAGAAUGUGUCAAGGAUGAAACAGAGUCUGCCCAGAGAGCUGGAAAAACAUCUGAAGAAAAAGUGUCUGAGUAUCCUCUCCUACUAUCAGCCUGAAUGGGAAAAUGAGAGUGAUGCUCUGAAGAGCAGCAAGCUGUCGCAUCUGUCAGCUCAGCUGGACAAAGAGAAGAAAGAGGCAGAGAGUCUGAAGAAGAACUCUUGGGAAAACAUGCUUCUCCUGCAAAGGCAGAUUCAGCUCUACCUCUCUGAGUUGAUUAAGUGCAUUCAGCUUCUCCAGACUCUCUUAUUGGACCACAGGCUGAAGGUCCAGACAGAUUUGGACAGAAAGAAGCUUGACUACUUUGAAGGCAAAUGUGAAUUAGUCUUACAAAAGAUAAAAUCUGAGAUGGUGGAAAUUCAACUGGACACAUACACACCGGAUUCAGUAUCUGCUCACAGAAAGAUAAGGCAAAAGCUGGAGUCUGAGCUUAAGUCCUGCCAGGCUGAGAAGCAGUCUCUGGAGCUGAAACUGGGCUCUUUUGAGAUCUUGGGAAAAGAGUUUGAGGCCCUGGCUGAGGAGUACUGCCGGAUACGACAGGAGAUAGAUACCAAGAACUGGGCUCUAAGGGAAUUCACCCAAUACAGCAACAAGUGAAAGUCAUAUAUGAUGGUGGGUCACCCGUCUUGAGAGCAUGUCCCUGCUUACAUACUGACACUUGGACAUCCAUGCAUUGAUUUUCUUCCUAUAAUAACUCGUGUGUGGUAGAAAAUACAGUUUAAUUUACUUGACAAGUUUCAGUUUUCUUUCAGUAGCCAACACCAUAAUUAGUUUUCCAUUUUUGCUACACUGUCAGUUUUAAAGGAAUUGGUGACAGUUAUUGUGAAAUGUUUAUAUAACAUCACCUUGCUAUUGCAAUAGAAACUUUGAAAAACAU